CAAAUGCACUUUCUUCCAUUUAGCAUUUAUUUUCAAAAUCCAAGUAAAAAUAACAUAAAUAAGCGAUACUUUGUUGUUUGUAUACUAUUACUCUUCUUCUUUUUAUUUUGUUGGGCCGAACGUCAUUCCGACAUACAGUCAAUUUAUGUAUAAAAUUACUUCCUCUUUCGACCCUGAUAUUUAAAAAUAAGAAAAAGAAGAAGUUAUAUAUUAGGGGAGAAUGGUCUACUUCGGACUGCUCACAAAAUAUGGUAUAAAAUUCAAAUAAAUAUUUUUUUAAAUAAUACCAUAAAUGUCUAUUUAAUUCCUUAAUUAUUUUCGUUUUUGUCUAUUGUAGUCUUAUCCACAUUAAGCUCGCGCGGUAUAAAAAAAAAUAAUAAGAGGUCUGAAUUGGGCCAUCCUCCCCUAUUACAAAACUUCUUCUUUUUAUUAUUUUUAAAUUAUUAUCAGGGCCGAAUUCCCCGAAGAAGAGAAUAAAACCGAAACAUGUGUUGUCUGACAGCCCAUUCAUAAAUUUUCUUUUUUUGUGUGAAAAUUACUAAAGAGAUUAAGAAACACAGCCCGCACAGCUCAUAUCUGUUGAUUAAUAUACACAAAGAAAAUCUGUAUAAAGUAAAAUGGGAAGACGCAAGAGGUUCAUCGAUAAAAACAACUCAAUAACGUUCCACGUGGUAAAUCGAAGUCAACAGGAUCCCUUAAUAACUGACGAAAAAGCUCCUCAGCAUGUCCUUGUCGAGGCAGCCCCAGCAAAUAAAGUUAAACGUAAAGAGGAACAAGCAAAGUUCGGUAUCUACUUUGAUGAUGAUUACGACUACUUACAGCAUCUCCGACCACGUUCCCAGGUUGUUUGGGAACGCAUCGAGGAUUCGAAUGCGAAAAAGAUUGAAAACGCAAAGAAUUCAAAGGAAUUGAAGCUCCCUAGCUCUGUAUUUGCGUCUAUAGUGGAAGAGGAGGAAGGAAUGCUUAACAAAGCUGCUCCAAUUAUUGGUCCUCAACCACAUUUAGAUCCUGAUAUUGUUGCUGCCCUCGACGAUGAAUUUGAUUUUGAUAAUCCAGAAAAUGCUCUUGAGGAUGAUUUUAUGGAACAAGCUCUAGCUGAGGGGAGCUCCAAUGAUGAUGAUGAUGAGGAUGAAGCAGAUUAUGAAUACAAUGAUGACGAGAAGUACGAUGAUUUUGAUGAGAAUAUUUCAUACACUGGGAAGUUAAAUAAGGAGGAUGUCAAUAGUGGUAAAAAUCAUUUUGACAAUGUUGAGACAAGAUCACGCUUCACGCAGUACUCCAUCUCUAGCAGUGUGAUGCGUAGAAAUGAACAACUUACCCUACUAGAUGAUAGAUUUGAGAAAUUCAUACAAAACUAUGAUGAAUCGGAAAUUGGUGCACUUGAAUGUGAAGACCUCGAUGGAGGUGACUUUAACUACACAAAUGAUAUGCUCGUUCAGCUGGCGAUGAAGAGUAAACACGAUAAAUAUGAGACAUAUGAUAAGAAUUGGGAUAAGGAACGUAUAAGAAAAUUGCAAGAGGAAGGUUCUUCUGACGAAGAAUUAGUGGAUAUACCCGUGGAAGACGAUGAAAAACCAAAACUUGACUGUGUGAGUGUCCUGAGCUUAGCUUCUGGAAGAUCCUAUAAACCACGUUUGAUUGAAAAUACGAGGAAAAACAAAAAAAUUGAAGUUGACUGUAGAGGAAUUCCGAAGGAUGUCUUGGACUCAGAUAGAGGUCUCACAAUUAAGGAAGUAAAUAAACUUAACACUAAGAAUCUCAAGGAAGAUUCCUCUGAUAUGACUGGCUAUGCGGAAAGCGUGAGAUCUACCCUGAGUAUUCUUUCGCUUCGUCCUAAGGAUGAGACCAAGCUGGAAAAAAAGGAACGAAAAAAACUUCUGAAAGAAUACCGUGCUGAAAGACGUAUUGAACGAAAAGCCAAUAUGCAAGCAUUCAAAGAAGAAAAACUCCGUCAGCAACGUAUCAACUCCAACGCAGUAACAAAGACUCUAACAUAGAAUUAACCAUUUUUUUCUCCAAUUCAAUUCCUUGUAGGAAUUAUAUUAUUUAAUUGUUGUCUUUUGCAAAAAGAUAUAAUAAAAAAAAUAAACAACAAAAUUUA